AUGGCGAACAGUAAACUUGGCCGGUCCAGUUUUCUUGGUUACCCCUUGUCCAAAUUAUCUCUAGCCCUUCUUUUUCUAGUAGGCCUCGUCGUUGCCGUCACUGCCGAUGAUUUGAACUUCCCGUCGUCCAACACAAGGAAAUCCCACCACCCCUCCAAGAAGCUCAACAAACCGGUGGUUUUGUUGAUUUCCACCGACGGUUUUCGGUUCGGUUACCAGUUCAAGACGGAGACACCAAACAUGGAUCUGCUCAUAUCCAGAGGAACCGAAGCUAAGACUGGUUUAAUCCCGGUUUUCCCCACCAUGACGUUCCCAAACCAUUACUCUAUCGCCACCGGACUCUACCCGGCUUACCACGGUAUCAUCAUGAACAAAUUUACAGAUCCGGUAACCGGGGAAUACUUCAACCUAAACCUAAGCCCGAAAUGGUGGUUAGGUGAGCCGUUGUGGGAAACCGUAAUGAACCAAGGGCUCAAAGCUGCGACUAUGUUUUGGCCAGGCUCUGAAGUCCCCAAAGGCUCUUGGACUUGCCCAAAAGGAUUUUGUAAAGCACCUUUCAAUGCCUCGUUUCCUCUCGAAGAAAGAGUUGAUACGAUCUUGAGCUAUUUUGAUCUUCCCGAGAGUGAUAUCCCGGAUUUCAUGACGCUGUAUUUCGACGAACCGGACAAACAGGCCCAUCAAUAUGGCCCCGAUGAUCCUCGUAUUACACUAGCCGUCGCGAAGAUAGACAAAAUGAUUGGUAGGCUCAUCCAGGGUUUGAAGAAGAGGAAGGUGUUUGGUGACGUUCAUGUGAUAUUGCUUGGUGAUCACGGAAUGGUUACUAACUGUGACAAGAAAGUGAUUUACAUUGAUGAUUUAGCGGAUUGGGUCAAGAUACCCGCAGAUUGGAUCCAAGCUUAUUUCCCGGUGCUAGCCAUGAAUCCAAGGUGGGGCAAAGAUGUGGAGAAUCCAGGCGAGAAGAACGCGGAUCUCGUGGCGAAGAUGAAUGAAGCUUUGAGCUCAGGGAAAGUAGAGAACGGAGAGUUUUUGCAAGUUUACUUGAAGGAGAAGUUACCGGAAAGGCUACAUUAUUCCGAGAGUACUCGGAUUCCGCCGAUCAUCGGAAUGGUUGGCGAAGGUCUAAUGUUUAAACAGAACCGAACAAACGCUCAAGAAUGUUUCGGAAAUCAUGGAUACGACAACAUGUUCUUCUCCAUGAGAACUAUCUUUAUCGGACAUGGUCCUAGGUUUAGGAAAGGAAAGAAAGUACCAUCGUUCGAGAAUGUUCAGGUCUACAAUAUCGUUGCUGAGAUUCUCGGACUCCAACCAGCUCCGAACAAUGGCUCUUCUUUGUUCACUAGGAGCAUUCUCUUGCCUUUUGGAGAGACAGCGCAAGUAGAAUGA